AUAUAAGAAUCAUGAAAUCUGACAAAAAAAAGCAGCAAAAUUCUGUCCGUGUUGGAAACGUUAUUGAAUUUCAAAGGCACAACAGAGAAGUCUACUGCUGAGUUGAAUGAAAGCUCUAUUUGACUGCUGAAAAGUGGACUAGACAAACCCAUUCAAGCAGCAGAUAGCACUUCGUUUUAACAGAUAUAAAUCUAAUAAACCACUCUACUGUGCUGUAAAUGUGAGGCUGGAUAGCAGCAAAUGAUUCUUUGCAGCCUAUUGUGCUUGUUUGCUUGAAGGUCAGUAUAUAAGAACGGUUUCUGUUUACCGUUGGCUGUAUUAUUUGUAGCCGACCUGUGCCAACACAGUCUGGCCCAUUGAGUGUCUUUAUCUGAUAAUCCAUUACGCGUGGCAGCUCGACCUGCUGACACAGUGUCGACCACACAGGUGCAUUCAGCGUUAAGUAGACUUGCUUUUGUUUGUUUACUAAUUGAGGCAUUUGUCACGCGAGUGUUUACUGGGCUGUCUGCUGUAAUUGCCCUUUUCCUUUUCCACUUGGCUUGAAAUGUUGCAACAAGUCUUGGUCUAGUUGAAGUCGAUAUUUUACGCACAGUUGGAUAGAAAUUACGCACGGGCUUCUCUGGCCACACAUUCACUAACAGAUUAAUUUAUUGACAACAAUAAAAACAUGUAAUAAUAAAUAAGAAAAUUCAAAAGUCUUGUGUCAUUUGAAAGAAAUAAAGCUAGAUUUGGAGAGUUUAUAUGAGUAUGAGCCUGCGCAACUUCCAUCGCUCACUCUCUCACGUAGGGGGUAUUUGGUCGCAGGUUGGAGGGAGGGCACCUGCUGCAAUGGCGCCCUUACGCGCGGUACCACUUCUACACUUCAGACCAAAACCGUUAGUCUGCACCAAUUUAAUCUCCCAGGACGCUGUCACUCCCUGGAGACCGAGUAAGUGCAUCUGAUUGGGUCAGAAGUAUGAAACCGCGGCAGAGAGAGACACAGACCGGGAGAAUGUCGACUAUAUCAGCUCUAAAUCAAACCAUGCCCCGUCAGUUCUGCAAACAGAACCGAACUGAUGGAGAUGCAAAUAGACAGAAGAGCGUUUGGGGCUAUUUGUCCCAACCAGAGGGGGCAACGGGGGAGGAGAGCUGCAGGAAACAAUAAACGUGCAGUGUUGGUGCCAAGAAGCAGCAGUCCAGUCACUGUGUACGUUGAGCUCCCCUGCAUCAUUGAACAAGCUUUUUCAACAAUCGCAUGGAAUGAUUUGGAAGACUGUGCGUCUGUGGUGAGACAGGAGAGAAACUCCCUCUGCUCUCAGGUGAAUGAGUCUAAUGCAGAUGACCAAGACUUUGGAGAUUAUGCCUUGGAUUUCAUUGCAGAUUCUCCUACCACGCUGGAGAGCAGUCUGUCUCCAGCUGAUCUGGUACCAUUUCAGGGAUGUGUCAUACCUCCGCUCACCCCUCAGCGGGACUUCUCUCCAGAGGUCAGUCUGGUGGAUUCCUCCACAGAAAAAGGCAACCUGAUCACUCAGGAUGGAGCUUCCUGGAAGGACAUGGCACAGUGUCACGGCAGGGCAUUGGGACAUUCCAUAGCAGUCAACAAACAGCUCCAUGAAACUCUGAACAGGCAGCAGGAGGAGACUGACUCCCUCGAGGAGAGGAACAUUCACCUCAGGCAGCUGGUCAGCAGAGCAAAACACCUGGCAUCAGUGCUGGAAAAGCUGAUGACAGUUAGAGACCUCAGUGUCAGAGAACCAGUGAUGCCUCGCAGUGAUAAAACCUCACUGAGUCCCUGUAAGCGUCAGCGAAUGGACGAAGGUUAUGAAACAGAGUGCUCUGACUCAGUGGAGGACAUGCUGAGGGACGUCAGCACUCGCUGCAAUGCUUUUCUGCACAGCAGCGCUACAGGAACAAGACUGCAGCAGGAAUUAGAGACUGUACGGAUGUUUGGAGCAUUCUCAGGCCUGCAGACAUCCAAAGGCAGCAGCGUGACUAUUGAUGGAGAAGAUGCUGAAAGUGUGUCCUCUUUCAGAGCCUCUGUUAGGGAACACGGCACCGUCAGGACUCAGGUUUUUCCUCAUGGACAUGCUUUUACCUCCAGGACUCAGCAAGGUGGAUACCGCUUCCGCUGGGUUCCCAAAUACAGCUGAAUUCAAAGAUUAGCGUGUAAAGCUGGAGCUGUUCUGAUUAGUGAUCUGAAGGAGCCCUGAGUCUGUACAAGACUGGGAGGAAGUGUGGGUGGGCAUCAGCUGUUAAUGCUUAACCGAUAAUCUAUAGUGAUAUCUGUAAAUGAUUCAAUGAUGUCUUCCUCAGGUAGCUUGUAAGCUAAUCUGUCAGAAGUGGCGCUCGACAAAGGAAAUGACACUGCCCACGCUGUUGUUUACAUUGUGUUUCUGUUUACAUGUGUCUAUAUUUUUGCAUCUCACUACACAUGUUUGUACUGGAAAAUAUCAAUUUUUUUUUUUGAAAAUUUGGAAAUAAAAGAAUUUUAAGAAGUAUAA